AUGAGAGAGGUUUGAGAGCUCAAUGGGCAAACACGGUGUCCUGAUGUGCUGGUGCACACUGUUUCUCUGGCAAGUUUUUGAAAUACCACAGGAUUCUUGAAGUUUUGGGUAGAAGUUACCGCUGCUGCUAUUUGUGUGUGUUUCAGCUGCCACAGGUUAUACUUGUCAUCCUUUUUUCAUCUCAAAAGAGUGUCAACGUGCUGUUUGUGGGGAUCCAAAAUUCAUGUAACUCUUCUGGUGGCCCCGUCCUGUUCAAACAGAUCUCUCUCCUCUUACAUCCAGUCUGCCCUCUCCCACAUACACACACCUGCCCUCAUUCUGGCCCCAUUCUCAUCUUUUAGCUCUGGCCUCCUGUUCCCUGUCUAUUUUACCUGUCCAAGAAGGACUUUUUUUUUUUUCUGGCCAGAUUUGACCCCAAUACUGUCACUGCACUGUUCCCUCACUCUCCUAAACCUUAUGUUCCCCUCAUGGGCACCAUAUCAGACAACAGUGCCACAUUCCCUUCAUCAUCACUGAGAACCUCUCUCCACCCCUAACCACCUCGCCAACACCAACAUCCACACGACCCAAUGGAGACAAAAGACAUGAUGAUGACGAUGACAAUGGACAAGGGGGAGAAUGAAGGAGAGAAGGACAAAGCGAGAGAGGAGGUGGGGGGUGACGAAGAAGGGACACAGCAAGAAAAUGGUAGACUGAUGCUGUCUGACAAUCUCACAGAGAGAGGACCCAAGAGUCUGAACUCCAGCUCUGGCCAGCAGGUGUCCAAUGGCUUCACUACUUCCACUCCUCAGAGCCCCAGGGAGGGACCAGGGACUGAGGCUUCCUCUGGGGGUACGGCUUCUGCACAAGGAGGUGGCACUGGGUCCUCUGUGCCACUGGGAGGCUUCAGGACUCUGGUGGUCCAACAAACCAGCUUGGAGAGGCCCAGAGAAACCUGGAGCAAGAAGAUGGACUUCUUGCUCUCUGUGAUCGGCUAUGCCGUAGACCUGGGAAAUGUGUGGCGUUUCCCUUACAUCUGCUACCAAAAUGGAGGAGGUGCCUUUUUGCUGCCCUACCUGUUGAUGGCGGUGUUUGGAGGUGUGCCUCUCUUCUACAUGGAGCUGGCGCUCGGACAGUUCCACCGCAGCGGCUGCAUCUCCAUCUGGAAAUACGUCUGUCCCAUCUUCAAAGGCAUAGGCUUUGCCAUCUGCAUUAUAGCCCUUUACAUUGCAUUCUACUACAACACCAUCAUGGCCUGGGCCUUGUACUACCUAUUAUCGUCGUUCCGGUCCACCCUGCCCUGGUCAACCUGCACCAACGAGUGGAACACACACAACUGCCACAGCUACAUGUACACCGACAAAAAUGUGUCGUGGACCAACUCCUCUACCUCCCCCGCCGAGGAGUUCUAUACUCGACAGGUGUUGCAGGUCCACCUCUCCGAAGGUCUGCACCAGUUGGGCUCUGUCAGCUGGCAGUUGGCCCUCUGCCUGCUCUUCAUCUUCACCAUCGUCUACUUCAGCAUCUGGAAGGGAGUCAAGACGUCUGGAAAGGUAGUUUGGGUGACUGCUACCUUUCCCUAUCUGGUCCUCCUGGUGUUGCUCGUCCGUGGGGCCACUCUGCCAGGGGCCUGGAGGGGCGUGGUUUUCUAUCUCAAACCUGAUUGGGAGAAACUUCUCAGCACUACAGUGUGGAUUGAUGCAGCAGCUCAGAUCUUCUUUUCUCUGGGUCCGGGGUUUGGCGUGCUCCUUGCCUUUGCCAGCUACAACCCGUUUCACAACAACUGCUACAAAGACGCUUUGAUCACCAGCUCUGUGAACUUCCUGACUAGCUUUCUGUCGGGCUUUGUCAUCUUUACUGUACUGGGCUACAUGGCUGAGAUGAGGCACCAGGAUGUGGAUGCUGUAGCAAAGGAUGCUGGUCCCAGUCUGUUAUUCAUUAUUUAUGCAGAAGCCAUAGCAAACAUGCCUGCUGCCACCUUCUUUGCCAUCAUCUUCUUCCUCAUGAUCAUCAUGUUGGGUCUGGAUAGCACGUUUGCAGGGUUGGAGGGGGUGAUCACAGCUAUGCUUGAUGAGUUCCCCAAUUUACUGGCUAAGAGACGAGAAUGGUUUGUCCUUGGCCUUGUGUGUGUCUGCUACCUGGGGGCUCUCUCCACACUCACAAAUGGAGGAGCUUUUGUGGUGAAGCUGUUUGAAGAGUACGCCACAGGUCCUGCAGUCAUCACUGUGGUCCUGCUCGAAGUCAUCGCUGUUUCCUGGUUCUAUGGUACCAACCGUUUCUGUAAUGACAUCUAUCUCAUGCUUGGUUUCUACCCGGGUUGGUUCUGGAGGAUCUGCUGGGUGGCCAUCUGUCCCUGCUUUCUCUUGUUCAUCAUCAUCAGUUUCCUGGCCUUCCCUCCAGAGGUCAAGUUGUUUCACUACCACUACCCUCCAUGGACCACCGUCCUGGGCUACUGUAUUGGGGUGUCUUCAUUCAUCUGUGUGCCUGCCUACAUGGUCUACCACUUGCUCAGUGCCAAGGGCACAUUCAAACAGCGCCUGUUAAAGAGUAUCACUCCAGAGCCCAGCAGUAACCAACACAGAGACUUCAUUGUCACCAACGCAGUCUGACUAAACCCUGACCAAAUGAAGGUGGUGCUCUAACUACCUAGAGCGCUCUCUUCUGGUCAUACUGAAAAACUACAGGACAAGGGGGCUACCUUUCACCGUCUUUGCCUCUUUUCACACAUCUCCUACACCUGUUCAUCUUUCUCACACUGAAAUCUAGAGAUGGAGGUGGAGUAAGAUGGAGCCAGGCUGUAGUAGUUAAGUUUAGCUUGGGUUUGUUCAGUUCCUGAUGUUGGUUCAGUUUUGCGGCAGUCUUCAGCUGCAAAGCGCAGAGCUUCUUUUCAGUAUUUUCAGCAUUCACAUCUUCUUAUAAAAAAAAUGUGGCACCUAAGUUAUUUAGUGACCACCCGUUUCUUCAGGUUAAACAGUCUUACAGAUAUUUUAUACAAUUAUAUAAAUUAUGAUACAAUCAGUGUUCAUGUAGACAAUAUAACAUGCUUUCAAACUGGAGAUACUGCACAUUGCAAUGAUUUCAGUUGGGGAAGCUUAGAUAGUUAACUUUCAAUCCACACAUCAUUUUUAUGGUUGUAUUUUCAUAUUAUGCUGUUAAGUUGCAUUCUGAUAUGUAGCAAAAUUCAGGUAUCUUUUAACAUCUGUUACUGAAGCCAAAUAUAUCUGUUCUGUUUAUAUUUCUAAAGAUGUUUCAAUAUUGUAGUUGUGUUCUGUUAAGUAUUGACUGACAGCCUGUGUUUAUUUGGUGGCAUCUCGGACGAAGGACGGAUUUGCAAUGAGUUCCCUUACACUGUGAAGCAUUGUCUGUUGGUGACAUGAAUGUGUAUGUGUGUGUGUGUGUGUGUGUGUGUGUGUGUGUGUUUGACUCUGUGUGUGUGUGUGUGUGUGUGUGUGUGUGUGUGUGUGUGUGUGUGUGUGUGUGUGUGUGUGUGUGUGUGUGUAAAACGAAGACUGUUAUGUCCAGUAACAAAAAAAGAAGGCGGAACCACCCUGUUGAGCAUGUGUUUUCAUUCUAUAACUGCAAUAUAAGAUGUUUUAAGAUAAAGAUAAGAUUAUUUCAGAAUGUAUCAUUGCUGUCAUUUUGACCUUCCACACUUCAAUAUGACGUACUAUUAUGAUACAUAGUGCUGAUUUUCUUUGUUUAAUCAUGGUGAUAUUCUGCAUAGAAACCAAAUAUGGAUCAGAGCUAAUAACAUUUCCAGUGUCAUAGUCUGAAAAUCAGCGUUACUACUCUUUACUUUCUACCAAAAAUCAGUGAGUUUUUGGUGUGUAUGCACAUGUGCCUGUGUGUGUGUGUGUGUGUGUGUGUGUGUGUGUGUGUGUGUGUGUGCGCGCGCGCGUUUGUGCGAGAAACAGAGAGAGUGUAUGUAUCUGUGUGUAUGUAGGAGCAGGAGUUAAAAUAUGGCAAGUACUGUACAUCUACAUGUGUAUUUACUAGUCAGUCUGGUAUUGGUGUAAUCUAUCCUGUGAAUACCUGUCUCCUUCCCUUAUGGAUGUGUGAAUGUGUGUGUGUGUUUAGUACUCAUGUGUCAGUGUGUGUGUGUGUGAGUGGGUGCACCCUGGUUAGUAUGUCGGUGCACGUACAGUAUGAUUGUCAGUUGAUCAAAAAGGUUUAGAGGUGUUCAGCCCCUUUAUGUGUGCAUGCCGUGAUGUGUGUGUAUACUGUACUUCAAAUGUGUGUGUGUGUGUGUAUGUGCGCGUGUGCGUGUGUCUGUGAUGUGAUCUCCUGUUGUCUUGUUAACUGCCAAAAUAUCCUAUGAAGGAAGUAAACUCCCUCUUGCCUCUCUCUCUCGUACCUCUCAAGCUUAUAUAAGAUCUAUGUAUGUCAAUAAAAGACUGUAUUGAGAAAUACACCUGUAUAGAUUAAAGAUAUAUAAAUAUAUGGGAAAUGACAGAUAAUAAAGAUAUAUGGAAAUAAAUAAUAACCUCUA